AUGACAGCGAUUAAAGAAGACGACGAAGCGAAAACACCAGGAUAUAUCGUUCGUCCAAGAGAAGCGUAUCGUUCACGUCGUUUGGACGAUCGUUCACGAGAAUCCCACGGAGCACGGGACUUGUCUCCACACACGCACACGGACCCCGUGCUUUUUCCCCAACGAAAACGAAGAAAGCUUCUCUACCUGCCGCACGCCGCCGGGACGGGGACUCCGCAGAGAUUCAAGGUGUUUCCGACCUCUUGGCGAGCAAACAAUCGUGGCGGCCGCAAUGGAAUUCCUCGACGAGAUCAAAGCGUUGAGGGAAAUCAACGGCAGCGCGAUUCUCGGCUUCCUCGAUGGCGAACGUGGAACAGUGGCAUCGUUUACAUUUUCAUGGCUUCGGAGCGUCCCAUCCAGGGGCGAAGAUUCCGUAAGUCACGCAAACUUAUCAUAGACAAAUUCACAACUACUUUCCAAAGAAGUUUUUCAUCACAGAUACAACCCCCGCAAUUCGACUUCGCCCGAAGCUUCGUGAAAAAUAAUGAAAAGCUGACAAGAAGCUGCAUUUUGUUUUUACAAUUCUACUCAUAUAUCGUUUAAGGUCUACGUCGAUCACUAGCGGAUAGGGCAUUUUAUUUUCAACAUCAAAAAAGUUUAUACGUUAACAGGUUUCUAUUUGAACUAAUAAUAAACAAAGUGACCGAGUCUUGCACAUAUGUAUUUCUUUUUUUUUUAACACGUUUACAUUUUUGACAUACCUUCACACAUCUGUUCGACACAUUUUAUUGGGGCCCGCUGCUCCCCCCUCCCCUUAACUCGAGUACCGCGGGAUUGCUAAGCCCGUACUGUAACUAUGUACGAUCAAACAUAGCUACAGACCCUGAGGACAAAUUCGAAGUAUCUUUGCUGCAUUGCUUCUUUUUUAUGUGCACUUUCUAAGAAUGUUUGUAACAUAUUUCUAUCUAUAGUAAAGACUGGAUAAGUGCAAGAUAGGAUUGACUGGAUAAAUGGAAGAUGACUAUCCUCAUCGCUGAAGGGUUUCCCCUUAACUCUUUCCUCUUUCUUUUCACUCUCUGUCCUUUUCUACAUUCGACUCUAGCCAAAUGUAAACACAGAAUAGGAACCUCGACUGGCUAACUGCAAUGUUUGAGUCCCGAUUGUCUUGUACUUGUCCAGUCUUUACUCAUUUAUGGUAUUACCAAAGUAAUUGGGAUGUGUACUUGCUUCUGCGCGUGGAUAAAACCCAGCGUAAAUGGUUGGCAAUAAAUAACGAUAAUAAACGAUUUCUCUAACUCUCCCUCUGAAAUUCGGAAUGGGUUAAAACGACCGUGCUUCGUAAACCCGGUGUUAAAUUAUCCCUCAAGAAUUAUUUUCGGGUUUGAUAUCUCCCAUUGAAGAUCGGACUACUCGUCGUUUUCAUUUCGAAGGUAAAGAAAUUAAUUAAACGAGCACCGGUUAACGAAGCCAGCGAACGAUCUUCAGAAUCGACUGCACCGCGCGUAACACAGGGGUCAUCGAGAUCCCUCCGGAAACGGCAGAUAUGGGGUCAAGAGUGUCGCCGCGGUCGACACGUCUGGUCGCCUAGAAUUUACAUACGGUAACGGCUGAUUCGUUUUAGUAGAACGAGCGACUUAUGCUAUCGAGUAACGUCUCGCCAUCACGAGAAGUGCACUCAGAAAACUCCAAUCUCGCGGAAAGACAAUACCCCUGUCCAUUCUUUCACCCUCAUCGUCAGGCUUCUAUGAAUAUUUACAGCAAGCAGUGACUCUUCGAACUCCCAUAAGGAUAAAGACAAAAUGAAAUAUUUGUGGAGGCCGUCAAAAAAUUCAAACACUU